AUGCUGCCGUCGGUCUUGGUGCUGCUGCCUCUACUGCUGCUGCCAGUGCUGCCGGCGCUGAGCGGGGCGCCGGGCGAGACUUUCAGCUCCAUGCUCAGCAUCCGCCGGGCGCUGGGCACGGAAGGGGCGCUGCUCCGCCACCUGCGCGCCUACCUGGAGGACGAGGCCGGCCGGCUGCGGGAUCUCGACAGAUUCUACCAGAAGAUCCAGGAUUUGCAUCAGGGAUCGGGCGGCUCCCUGGAGAACCCCUUGAUGGCGUUUGCCCUGAUCAAGAGGUUGCAGUCGGACUGGAGAAACGUAGUUUAUAGCAUGGAAGGAACUGAGAAUAUCCAAGUCUUGAAGAUGAACUAUCACCGAUUAGAAGACCAUCUACCUCACCUUGAGGACCUCCAAGGAGCCGCUCGGGCCCUCCUGCGCCUUCAAGAUGUCUACGCUUUGAACGUCCCAGAGUUGGCCCAAGGCCGGUUUCGGACGGUGAGCGAGGCUCACCCUGAGGUCUACCAUCCCAGCCAGGACUUCGCCUUGUCCGCCGAUGACUGUUUCCACAUUGGGAAGGUGGCUUACGAUACGGAGGAUUAUUACCACGCGAUCCUGUGGCUGGAGGAAGCCGCCGGUCUCUUCCGGAGCUCCUACGGGAACUGGAGGAUGGAAGACGAGGGCAGCCUUGAAGAUGCCCUGGACCAUCUGGCCUUCUCCUACUUCAUGGCAGGGAACAUCUCUCACGCCUUAAGGCUGUCCCAGGAAUUUCUUCACUACGAUCCAGGCAAUGAACGGAUGGCGAGGAAUGUCUUGAAGUACGAGAAGCUUCUGAGGAAGAGCCGGGAGGAGGGCGAAGAAAGGGUCCCAACGUUGCAGAGACCCAACGUGACCCACCUGGAGACGCGAGAGGCCUACGAGAAGCUCUGCCAGAGGCUGGGGUCUCAGCCAGCCCACGAUCGACUCUCUUGCUCCUACGAGGCCAAUCGGAGCCCUUGGCUGAUCCUGCAGCCUCUGAAAAAGGAAGUUUUGCACCCGCAGCCUGAGCUGACCCUGUACCACGACUUCGUCAGCCCGUCAGAGGCGGAGAAGAUCAAGGCCCUGGCGGUUCCGGGGUUGCAGAGAUCGGUGGUGGCUUCCGGGGAGAAACAGGAAGAAGCAGACUAUCGGAUAAGUCAGAGUGCUUGGCUGAAGGACAGCGUGGAUCCUGUGAUCGGGGCCUUGGGUCGGCGGGCUGCGGCCUUAACGGGCCUGAAUACCCAGCACCCUUAUGCGGAAUACCUCCAGGUGGUCAACUACGGGUUGGGAGGCCACUACGAGCCCCACUUCGACCACGCGACGUCCAGAAAAAGCCCCCUGUAUCGGAUGAAAUCUGGAAAUCGAAUAGCUACAUUGAUGAUCUAUCUAAGUUCGGUAGAAGCCGGAGGAUCGACUGCCUUCAUUUAUGCCAAUCUGAGCGUGCCGGUUGUGAAGAACGCGGCUCUGUUCUGGUGGAACCUGCGUAAGAACGGCCAAGGGGAUGAGGACACCCUCCACGCUGGAUGCCCAGUCCUGGCCGGAGACAAGUGGGUGGCCAACAAGUGGUUCCACGAACACGGGCAGGAGUUCCACAGGCGGUGCAGCACCAACCCGGAGGAAUAG